CGCUUAUCUGAAUCAUGGAUCCUCGGCUGGUGUUUGACAAUUGACAUACGUAGAGGGACAGCCCAAGAGGGCGGGGUUUAACCCAAACGAGUUAUUUCCUGCUCAGCAGUGACAACACGCAAAGAUGAACGUGGGCGUGGCUCACAGCGAAGUCAACCCCAACACACAGGUGAUGAACAGCCGAGGCAUAUGGCUCGCCUACAUGCUGCUGACCGUGGUGUUGCACAUCAUCCUGCUAAGCAUUCCCUUUUUCACUGUACCGCUUGUCUGGACCCUAACCAAUGUUAUUCACAACCUGGUGAUGUACCUGUUCCUGCAUACGGUAAAGGGCACACCCUUUGAGACACCGGACCAAGGAAAAGCUCGUCUGCUCACACACUGGGAACAGAUGGACUACGGUAUACAGUUCACAGCUUCACGCAAAUUCCUCACCAUCUCACCAAUUGUUCUCUACAUUCUUGCCAGUUUCUACACAAAGUACGACCGUACGCAUUUCUUAAUCAACACCUGCUCCCUCCUCAGUGUCCUGCUGCCAAAGUUGCCUCAGUUCCAUGGAGUGCGGAUAUUUGGAAUCAACAAAUACUGACACAACAAACUGAACACUUGGAAUUAAACACUGGACUUUUUGAUUUGUGUCCAGGCUUUACUGUUUUACAUCUGUCUGAGUCCUCUGUGAAGCAAUAUAUGGAUUUGCUGUUUGUCUUGUCUGUUAAAGGAGCACAUGCUCUGUUGAUGUUUUGUAAAGAUAUGUCUUUUUGUCAGAAGUGACAUCUUUUUCUUCUUGCUGUCGAAAAAGCAACAUGUUUAACUUGCAUUGCUUUGCAAUGGGAAGUUGAACCUUUAUUUUAGAACUAUGACACACUGCCCACUACUUUGUGUCUUUUUUUAAAACCACUUAGUUUGUUAAAUUAAGAUAUAUUCUGAGUUUGAUGAUUGUCUGGAAAGCUGAUAUUACUUUACCUGCAUGUAAUCAAGCACAAGAUGGUUGCCUUCAAAAUAUUUCAUAAUGACGUUGUUUUCACAAGGUGAGAAACAUGUUUGACCCUCAUUUAUCAGACACAACCAGGAUUGACUGUAGUCUGCAAACUGUAUGUAUGGCUUUUAAUGUGACCUUUUUGCAUUUUGUGUUUCUACAAUAAAUAUUGGCUGUGAUUUCCAUUAAA